UGGCUGCAGCGGCGAUGCACACGUCAGCGCCGCCCCGGGUCCGGGCCGAGGCAGCCAUGGCGGCGCGGGGCGCGGAGGCCGAGGCGCUCUUCGAGGCGCACACAGCGGCCGAGCUGCGGGAGGUGGAGCGGCGGCUGCGAGCCGGCAUCGAGCAGAAGCGGGAGGAACUGCGGCAGAUGGUGGGCGAGCGGUACCGAGACCUGAUCGAGGCGGCCGACACCAUCGCCGACAUGCGGCUCAGCGCCGAGCGCCUCUUGGGUGCCGUGCGGGGCCUGCAGCGGGGCGGAGCGGCCCGGUCUGGCCCCGCAGCGCCGGUGAGAGGGGCGCGGGGCAGCGGUGCAGCUGCGGGUGGCUCCGGAGGCAGCUCUGACCCCCUCCUUCCUCCCCUCCAGGCUCGGCCGCCUGUUCAGGAAACGUUCUACCGGGCGGCGGCGCAGCUGAAGCUGCUGCUGGACGUCCCCGAGAAGGUGUGGGGUGCCGUGGAAGCCGGCCGGUACCUGCCCGCUGCCCGCCUCCACCUGCUCGGUGGCCACCUCCGCCGGCAGCUGCAGCUCGAUGUGCCCCGUGCCCGUAGCAGCCCCAUCCUCGCCCGCUUCCCCAUCCUGCUGCGGCAAGUGGCUGCCGCCAGCCACCUCAGAUCCACCAUCCUGCAGGAGAGCAAAUCCCUGCUGAAGAACCAGACUGUGUCAGACCAGGCAGUGGCAGAAGCCCUCUGUGCCAUCAUGCUCCUGGAGGACAGUUCACCACGCCAGGCCCUGGCUGACUUCCUCUUGGCCAGGAAGUUGGCCAUCCAGCAGCUUCUCAACCAGCCACACCAUGGUGCAGGUAUAAAAGCUCAGGUAUGUUCACUGAUAGAGCUGCUGACCACCACCCUGUACCAGGCUCAUGCUCUCUUCUACACCGUGCCUGAAGGGAUGCCACCAGAUCCAGCCCUGCCCUGUGGCUUGCUCUUCUCCACUCUGGAGAGCACCACAGGCCAGCACCCAGCAGGCAGAGGUGGGGUUCUGGAGGAAGAGAUGAAGCUGAGCAGCUGGUUCAAAUACCUCCCAGAGACAGUGGUGCAGUUCCAGCCAGCCCUGCGGACCCUGGCCCACCCCAUCAGCCAGGAUUACCUCAGAGACACUCUGCAGAAGUGGAUUGCCAUGUGCAGUGAUGACAUCAGGGCCGGGGUCAGCAACCUGCUCAUCUAUGUGAAGAGCAUGAAAGGCCUGGCAGGGAUUCGUGACGCGGUGUGGGAGCUGCUGUCGAGUGACUCCAUGAGCCAGAACUGGGCUGCCGUGUGCCGACGCCUCUUGGAGAAGCCUGCUUCCUUCUGGGAGGACCUGCUGCAGCAGCUCUUCCUGGACAGGCUGGAGACUCUGACCAAAGAAGGCUUUGAAUCCAUCUCAAGCAGCUCCAAACAGCUUCUCACCUUAGCCUUGCAGGAGCUCGAGGUCAAAUCCAGCACCUCUGCCCUGAGCAAGCACAUCCAGUUUGAGCACAACGUGGCCCUGUUCCUGUGGUCAGAGAGCUCCAGCGACCUCCCUCCCAACGCCGCUUGGGUCAAUGUGGCAAACCGCGGGCAGCUGGCCAGGACCGGCCUGGCCAUGAAGGCCCAGGCAUUCACACCAUGUGUGCAGAGCUUCUGCUCAGCUCUGGACUCAAAGCUGAAGGCCAGGCUGGAUGAUCUCCUGUUCUACCUUCCCACAGACUCCUCUGCCACCAAGGAGACCGCUCCAGUGGCGCAGUCAUGCUCUGCCUUCGACCGCUUCGCCGACGCUGGCACCGUGGAGGGGCUGCUCCGCGACCACUGCGUCGCUUGCAUCCACCACCUCCUGGGCUGUGUCCGUGAAGAGCUCCAGAAUGCCCAGAGUUUUCUGGGGGGGCAGGGAGAUGCUGCCAGCGAUGCCAGGCUCAAUGCUGUCCUCUUCAUGGCGAGACUCUGCCAGUCGCUGACCGAGCUGUGCCCUCACCUGAAGCAGUGUAUCCUGGGCCAGUCGGGCAGCAUGGAGGCGGCGCUGAAGGAAACUCGCUCCACCAAGAAGCUGGGGAAGGGGAAAGCCCAGGAGGUGACCCCUGUGCAGGCUAAGUGGCAGGAGGUGAAGGCAGAGCUGCAGCAGCAGAGCCUGUUUGCUUACCAGAUGUGGAGCUCAGCUGUUACCAAAGGUCUGGUUCAGUGCUUUGCCCACACUUUGCUGCUCAACACAGCUGGCUCUGUCUUAGCAACAGCCACCAACUGGGAUGAAAUUGAAAUCCAGGAGGAGACAGAAUCUGGAAGCAGUGUAACCUCAAAGAUCAGGCUGCCUGUGCAGCCCUCCUGGUACGUCCAGUGCCUCCUCUUCAGCCUGUGCCAAGAGGUGAACAGGGUCGGUGGUCACACUCUUCCCAAGGUCACCUUGCAGGAGUUGCUGAGGGCUUGCAUGGCAGAAGUGCUUGCUGCCUAUGAAAAGCUUGUGGAAGAGAAGCAGGAGAAGAGAGCAGGCACCUUCCCCAUGACCCAGAACAGAGCUCUGCAGUUGCUCUAUGAUCUGCGGUACCUCAGCAUCAUCCUGACAGCCAAGAGCGAGGACGCCAAGAGCAGCAGGAUCAGGCACGAUGCCAGGAUUGAGAAGGUGACAGACUUCCUGGAGGGUCACAUUGACCCAUUUGACUUGGAUGUUUUCACUCCACACUUGAACAGCAACCUCAACCGCCUGGUCCAGCGGACCUCUGUUCUCUUUGGCUUGCUCACUGGGACGGAGAAUCAGUACACGAGCCGGAGUGGUGCUCCGAGCUCCCAGGAGCUCCACAACAUCUUGCCAUUAGCUUCCAGCCAGAUCAGAUUUGGACUACUGCCACUGAGCAUGUCGAGUUCACGGAAGAGCAAGUCUGCUGCCAGGAGCACAGAAAGAGUUCAGUGCGAUGCUGACCCUUAACUCCCGAGGAGGCCUGGCUGGGUAUUUAAGCCUGUGUGAGCGAGUGUCUUGCUUCCUUGCAAAGGCUCUGUGUUGUCCUGUUUGAGUUUUAGCAGUAGACAACCACUCUGUUGCUGUUUCCCCCAGUUUCAAACAUCUGCUUAGAUGGAGUUCUCUCUGUUGAGGACUGGGAGAGCUAAGGAAUACCUCACUGCUACAGGAUGUGGCCAUUAGUAAUCCAUUUCCUUUAGCUAUUAUUAACCCAAUAAUCCAUCUGUGGUGACGUCUUUUCAAGUGGGAGAGAAGAGUAAAGGUCUGAUUUUAUCAGAACAGAGAGGUUUACCUCUGCAGCUUGUUCUAUUAUUCAGAAGCUUUAAGGACCAAACACAGCCCAAAGCUUCCCAGUGAAGGUAUUCCUUACCUCAUACACCCCAGCUGCACUGGAGUGUGGAAGUGGUGUGGUGGCCCAUGUGUGUUCUGUGCUAGCCACACUCCUCAGAAUCCCUAACAGAUGCUUGCUUCCCCUUUCAUGCUGAAAGUUCUGGAGAGGUUCAAGUCCAUAAUUACUCCAGAACAGCUCUCUGCAGCUGUACUUCUACUGUGCUGUCACCCCUUCGCUGUCUGAGCAACAGCCCCUCCAAAUGCUUUGGGGUUUUUUUGAGCAUUGAGUGACAUGAGAAAAGCCUCCCCCUUGCUAAGAGCAGCAAGGCACUGUGCUUCUGCCCCUGGGAACUGCCUCUGCCUGUCACUAACCCUGGAGUGACACUGCUUGGGUGGUGGUUCAGGCUCAAGUUGCCUGGAGGAGCUGUUCUGCUGUAGUCUACACUUCCUUGCAGCUACUCUAGAGGGAGUAUGGAGU